AUGGGCGCUCGUCUUCUUUUUAUUAUUUUUGUGUUGCUUUUUGCAGUUGCGGUUCUAGAUGUGUUCGCUGGAUUAAUCAAGGUUUGCUUGCCGAUUUUUUGUGAUUUUUUCUUGUUUCCUGUAUUAUGAGGUUAAAUAAGGUUAAAUAAGGUUGAGGACUGUUUCACCGCUAAGCUUGUGGAGGGCUUCACCGCUAGGCUCGUGGACGGCUUCACCGCUAAGCUCAGGGAUUGCUUUACCGCUAAGCUGAUGGACCGCUUCACCGCUAAACUCGAGGACCGCUUCGCCGCUAAGCUCGUGAACCGCUUCACCGCUAAACUCGAGGACUGUUUCACCGCUAAGCUCUGGGACCGCUGCACCUUUAAGCUCGUGAAUCGCUUGACCGCUACUAAGCUUGUGGACCGCUUAACUGCCAAGCUCGAGGACUGCUUCUAUGCUAAGCUCGAGGACUGCUUCACCGCUAAGCUCGUGGACCGCUUCACCGCUAAGCUCGAAGACUGCUUCACCGCUAAGCUUGAGGAUCGCUUCACCUUUAAGCUCGCGAAUCGCUUGACCAAACCGCUAAGCUCGUGGACCGCCAGACGGCUAAGCUCAUGGACCGCUAGACUGCUAAAAUCGUGAGCCGCGUGACCGCUAAGCAAGUAAACGCAAGACCACAGUCAUUCCGCGAAAACACCGCAACCAAGCUGUUGUCGAACUAUCCAACCAUGAAGUAUCAGACAGAACACCCAAGCAAAAACCAUGGCCAAACGCAGGGAAGAACUGUCGCCCCAAAUUACGAAGAAACAACGAUUGCACAAAAACCAGGCGAAGCCGAAGACAACGUAGAAAGAAAAACGAUUUGACUGCAACAGCAAAAAACAGCGAGAAUCAGACGGUAAAAGAAUGAUCCAAAGGCUAAACGAAGAGAAUGGCCGCCACGAAAACACUGUACUGAGCACAUGGAGGUGAUGCAAGCAAGGCUGACCGCGCUUGAGCCCAAACGACCGACCGCUGACCACGCCCGCGCUCCUUGUUGUUAACUCGUGCCAUGUAGGUGAUUUUUUUUCUUUGGGUAGUAGGCAACGUUGAAUUAGAAUGAAACAAAAAGGCAUAUAAAUUUGUAUGCCCUGGCAAUACAUAUCCUAAUUACCUCUGAUAUAGCUUUUUCACUAAAAACAAAGAAUGCACUUUCUCUAUUUUCCAAAGAAGAAAAAGCAAUAUCCACAUACUCUUUUUUGUCCAAUUAUUAACAAAGAUCAUAUGGUAACACCGAACAAUACAUCAUCUUCAUUUCACAGAAUGUAUUGCUUCUAUUUAUUUGCCACUAUCUGAGUCUAAAGGAUAAUGGAUGUACCAAUGAAUUAUACUGAAAAGGCGGGAAAAUUUUUGAACAUAGGAUUAAGAAGCAUUUUUAAAAGCCUUUUUAAAAUAUUUCUCUCUAAUAUGAUCUGAUUAUGAGGAACACGAUUGGCUAAUAUAAAUAUAAACACGAUUUGGAGAAAAAAGAAAUGAGCCUUAGAAGGGAAACUGACUUGUUGUAAGUGUCACAAGUUUGGUUUGCAAUACUUGCGACAUAUUCUUUAUUAUUAAUAAAAUCAGGUAUGCUGAUGUCUGAACAUCAGUGCUUUUAAAAGUCAGGAAAAGUUUUUGGCAAUAUAGUGAAUAUUUAACAAUUAUUCUUUGAAAUCGAGGUGAAUAGUGGCAAAAUAUUUACCGAGCCGCGAAAGCGGUGAGGUAAAUAUUCCCAAAGCCACUAUUCACCGAGAUUGAAAAGAAUAAUUGUUUUAGUAUAUACACACGAAGUGAUCUCAACAAAAUCAGAGAGGAAACCAUUAAAAAGUACGAUUUCAUUGACAGAUCAAAUCACGCAUAAGUUUAAAAAUAGAUCUUUGCAGAAUUUUCAAACAUGGCAAUUCACAAGUUUAUCAUUUCGCAAACAACAGUGUAAUGGCUUAAAUGGAACUGCUAAAAGUUUGAACUGUUUCCUUAACUUACCUGAGAAGAAAAGUAGAGCUUUGUUGUUUUCUGUUGACUCGCCAAGUUGAUAGCCAAAAGGGUUUGUUAUGUCGUUCUUCGCGUGAAGUGCUGACAAAAAUGGCGGCUCUGUUGCUCGAGGUAAGACGUCGUCUUCCUGUAUCAUUAUUUUUCCUGUUUACUUGAAACGUAGAAUUUCCUUUUAAAUUUGUUUGUCAUAAAUAAACUUGACUUGACUUGGAAGGAUUCAAUACGGAGUUUUUCAAUAUACUGUAGCUGAGUUUGUGCUCGAUGGAUUGUUAAUUUUACAACUCCCGUGUAUUCGCGUAGAAGAAGCCGUUUCGUGAACUCAGCGUUUUCUAACAAGAAAGUUUUGGCUCAAAAAUCGAAGUUUAUUUAUGACAAACAAACUUAAAAGGAAAUGUUUGCAGAAAUUCUACGUUUCAAGUAAAUAGGAAAAAGAAUGAUACAGGAAGACGACGUCUUACCUCGAGCAACCGAGCCGCCAUUUUUGUCAGCACUUCAUGCGAAGAACGACAUAACAAACCCUUUUGGCUAUAAACUUGGCGAGUCAACAGAAAACAACAAAGCUCUACUUUUCUUCUCAGGUAAGGAAACAGUUUAAACUUUUAGCGCUUCCAUUUAAGCCAUUACACUGUUGUUUGCGAAAUGAUAAACUUGUGAAUUGCCAUGUUUGAAAAUUCUGCAAAGAUCCAUUUUUAAACUUACGCGUGAUUUGAUCUGUCAAUGAAAUCGUACUUUUUAAUGGUUUCCUCUCUGAUUUUGUUGAGAUCACUUCGUGUGUAUAUACUAAAACAAUUAUUCUUUUCAAUCUCGGUGAAUAGUGGCUUUGGGAAUAUUUACCUCGCCGCUUUCGCGGCUGGGUAAAUAUUUAGUCACUACUCACCUCGAUUUCAAAGAAUAAUUGUUAAAUAGUCCGAGAUAGCGAACCAAUCAGAUGCUUAAAUCACCAAGAUCACUGAGUGUGUAUAUACUAAUUAUCGAUAGAAUAGUGAUCAAUUGAGAAUGACUACUUUGACUAAUGUGUUACUUUUGUGAAAAAAUUUACUUUUUCAGUUCGUCCUUCAGGGAUUUGACAAGAAGCGUAAACUACUUCAUGUCGUCUUUUUACUUCGCCUAAAAAACGCACACAGUUAGAAAAUUCAGCCUUAUUUUCUGUCUUUAAUCAAUAUACGGUUAAUUAAAUUCAUUUGGAUAUCAAAUGGAACUGAAAAAAAAGAGCCUUAUCGGCACUGUAAAUCUUAGCUUGCUUUCUGAAGGUUUCAAAAACGAUACGGUACAUGUUGCACGAUGUUUGAUUGGCGUAAGUCUUAUACUUACAACAAUACUCAGUUUUUCAACAUGGAUUAAUCGCAUGCAAAGAGCCGUGAACUGUCAGUCGGAUUCUGCGCGCGUAAAUCAAACAUUCUGUAGGGUAUCCGCGAUAAUUCAUUGUUCACUAACGACCACUAACUUUUUCAAUCAAAUCUAACACCCAACUUUCAUUUUGUGUAAUAUACAGAUGGUCGUUAAAUAGGGUUGUUUUCUAGGAAUUUUGUUAAACAAGAAGUAUGCAUUAACAGACUCCGCGAUAUGGUCAUUAUCUCACUCAUACGCAGUUAUCACACAGGCAGUAGCAGCUAUUAAAGGUGAUGUCUGUGAUUGGAAGUGAGUGUGACCAUUUCUCCCGGGAUUAUGCCAUUCUGAGAAGUCCUACAAAGAUGAAACAGCUGUCCAUGGCUACUGGUGUUCAGUUGAUAUGGCAUUGCGCAUGGGUACCUGCGGGACUGCGGAGUUUGGUGUUAAUUGUGUUUACAUCUAGUGAUGUAAUUUGAGCGUAAAACUGCUAAUAUACCAAAUAGCGAAAGGGGAGGGAUGGUGCUUUUUUACGAGGGGGUAUUUUAGAAAGGGUCGCUUAUUAGAGACGUACCCUCUACGGUACCUUCUACUCUGACUGCUUUCUUACUUUUCUUUGUAGGUUCGAAAGAAGAGAUUUCAAAGUAAGUAAAAACAUAUCAUUCUAAAGUAGUAACUUGUUCUGGGACGUACAUUUCCCUAAAACUUUUCCUAAUAAUCUUAUUACAUAGAUGUUGUGGAAUUCCACUGCGUUUAAAAUAUCUCCGCGUUCGCUGGUUCAAUAAGCAAUCAGGACUGUAUCUUUCACUUUCUUCGUUUUGCGUUCGUUCAUUCGUACAUCACAAUCGUUCUUAACCUUCUACCCAAAAUUACAAUGCUCACUAGUUUUAUUGCUACCACAAGUAAACGCCUUCACUGCGCAUGUCCGGCCGAAAAACCGAACUUGGUAAAAGCUUACUAUUAUUUAUGUGAGCUAACGCAUGAGCGUGAAACCUAUUUCCUUAAUUUAUCCUACAUGAUCCACCCUAUUAUUAUUUACCGCGCAUAAACCAGGCGAUUACAAUCAAAACCACUAAGACUGAUCAAAACAAAUCGUGUCAAUUCUAUUAUUCGUCGUAGGAUGUGGUUAUACGCCUAAGAUAAUUUUCUACUUGCAAGGCAAACUCAACUGCUCAACAAUUACGAAAAAUAAUACUAAUAAUAGAAUAAAUUUUUGAGACACUUAAAUUUCACUAUCUGAUGGUUCACAUAUUUCGCGGCAUUUAAAUUUCGCGAUUUUACAAAAAUUCUGGAUUGAGAGUCACUUUACCCGGUAAUUUCACGAUCUUUAGAAAAACACAAUACCUUUAAUUUUUUAAUAUUCAUUACAAGAAGAGGUCGUUAGACGAAAUUAGUUAAAUUUGUGAAUUGCCAUAUAAAUUUAAUAGUGUGUUAAAAGUGGAAACAAACUGGAUUUUUUUCGUGUGUGGCUUCGGCAAACAAAAUUCCACAGACAUGAAAUUUUCUCAACAUUUUACUUUCGCGAUUUUUUUGAAAUCGCGAAAUUAAAGUGUCGCGAACAUAACGUGACGCGAAAAUGAAGUGAAAGGAAAAACUGGGAGUAGAUAAAAACUUAUGAAGCUUAUUCAUAGUAGAUAUCGUGGAUAAUAGCUGGCGGUGCAUCAUUUUCUUAGGUUUCACAUGAUAACAAAUGCAGUUGAAGUCGUUUUAUUUGAUUAAGUAACGGGAACAUUUCAUGACGACGCGAUGUUAAGACAAAUCACAGUCUGUUCUGAUUAGUAAAGUCAAGGAAUAUAAUCUAAUGAACUAAAAACUGAGUGAAUAGAACUUCGUCCCCAUCCCAAGGACUGUUGUGGCAAUAGCCUCAUUACUGGGGAUUAUUUUUCAUGCAUUGCUACGUAAAGUGUCUGUUGUUUUGAAUACUGCUGCGAUUAACUUAAACGGUCGUUAGACGACACUAAUUUUGUGAAUCGCCAUAUAAAUUUAAUAGUGUAUUGAAAAAGGAAACAAAUUAGAUUUUUCAUUAGGAGUUUCUCUUCAAAAUCACCUUGAGCUUUAGCUUUUCUUGGACACAGUCUGUUGCUAUGGCUACGGAUAUCACAAGUGACAUGAAUUAAAGCCCUUGGAACAGGGACCGCGGAGCAAGGUGAAAAGUGGGAGGGCUGACAAUUGAAAAUAUUUUUUUCAUAUUGAAAAUCGAAAAAAGGAAUAAAAGGAAUAAAAUCAUAGUAUUUGUAUGUUAAAUGGUCAAACUAAAACUCAUCAUUUUCACUGCAAGUAGUUGUCGUCUUUUCUGCAGAGCUUGCAGACUUUGACGAAGUCCCAGAUAACUCUAAUAAACGACCAACAUACACGGUCAGUUCAGAUUCAAUGCAAGAAAAGACGGGAUUACAAUUUUAGUAUAGAAAAUACUACACUGACGUGAUCUGAAAAAUUUCUAAGUAUGGCCGUUCACUGUUCAAGUAAUGUAAUUCUUCUUGCCAUCGAAUAUUUCAUUGAUUCGAAAGGAGAAAGAAAAAAUAUAAAACUUUUAUCAACUCAAAAAAACUACUCACCUUCAUUUGGCUUGAAAAAGCCAGUAAUUUUCUUCAUUUCGUCUGAUAAAACUGAUAAAAAACUCGACCGGAGCUGGAAGUACAAAACACGCUGCCGAACGAAGCGAAGGGGUGGCCAAGGCAUGGCGUUUAAUCAAGGGGCAAGUCGGCCCAAGGGCACAAUUACUGCGAAAAGCACAGGAGCCCCACAAAAUGCCUGGCGUUUGAAAUUAAAGAAAAUACAGAAAAUAUAGCGGAAUAUAGACGGAAAAAAACUUGUUUCAAGUCUUUUUUUUUUAAAUUUAAUUAUUUUUCCUUUAGCGCAAAAAGUGGGGGCGGGGGCGCAAAAAAGUGGUGGGGCCACGGCCCCACCAGCCCCUCCCCCUCCGCGCUCCCUGUGGAACGAGGUUGCCACAGGCAGCGAAACAGUUAAUUGUUUGUGUAACAUUUUACUCUCUCAUUGAAAAAUACUUUGAAAAUUUGUAAGAUUAUGUAUUUAAUUUGAAUUUUCAGUAAAUUUUAGGAUGGACGGCAUGAUGUGAGCAUCCAACCACAAAACACACCCGCAUCCCCCGACGCCUCUUCCACCCCUAAGUAACAAUGCGCCAUGCGUCAUAACCUUAACGAAAAUGAAAGCAAAUUAUCCCAAAUAGCACACAGUGCCAUUAAAUGUAAUGAAAAUAAAGCUUUCUGGAGCAAAAGAAACAAAAGCUUAAUAUUGCAACCGAUAGGGUUAGAAUGCGGACAUAGGAAUAGUAAACAUGAUCAGGUAACGACUUAAGGAUAUCGAACUACAAAGAUGGCUAAGUGAAGUAAAUAACGACACCAGAAAAGAUGCUAACCAAAGCAACAAAACGAUCAUGAGAACCUACCGGGUAUUCAAAACGAUAGACAAUUUCAAAUGUGAAGAUUACCUUCAUCAGGUCACCAAUACGCGAUACAGAAUAGCUCUAACAAAACUGCGACUAAGCAACUACAAAUUAGCCAUAGAGACAGGACGUUAUUCGAGACCGUUUAAGAAACCUGAAUAAUUAAUUUGCCUUAUUUGUAAAAUGGAAAUGGAGGACGAAUACCGUUUUCUAAAUAUAUACCCUGCUUACGAGGGAAAAAGAUGUUCGUUACUAGAUUAUUUGGAAUAUAGAACAAUAAGCAGAAUGUCACCUAACAAAAUAUUCAUGUUUCUAACCCCCCUAGUGGAAAAUGCUAAAAAACAAAAAAUUACUUGCAAAACAUAUAUUCGAAUACUGCGAAAAAAGAAAAGAGGAAGACGGCAAAAAGUAAAUACUCUGGGACUUAAUUAAUUAAUAACUUAUUAGCCAUAUAUGGUUAGGAUUUUUCUUGUUUGUAAUUUUAGUCAUUUGGAAAUAAUGCCAUACUAUUUAGUGUAUAAAUGACUCCAAAUAAAAACAUGUAUGUAAGCAUGUGUGUAUGUAUUUAUGUAGAUCAAAAAAUGCUGUGAAGGGGAAAGGUGAAGGAAAAAGUUCUUAUUUCUUCCUCGAUGAAAGAUUAAUUCUUAGAAAUUGAUGUUUGUCUAUUGAAUGUAGAUCACACUUGUACGGAAAAAGUGAUGAGCCGAGAGCCCGUGUGCAAAGAGUUGAUAUGUCCUGACAACGUUGGCAGACAAAUGAGGUUAACAUUUUGCAAAAAAAUACCAAAAUUUUGUCCAAAGAUUCAUAAGGAUCCAUCAGCAGUCUGCUGCCCUUCAAAAUGCGGUAAUAUCUCUAACUUAUAUAAUGUGUAAAUCUUCAUAAUGAGGUUCAAUACCAGGCCUUUUGCAACUGGCAUUUCAUGCGGGACAAGAAACCGGUGCCAUGCUGAAGAACAAGGAAAGCACUGGGACAAGACAAACAAAGAGAUCACUUUGUUUGUUUUCUCCCAGUGCGUCUGUCGGCUCUCCAAUUUGGCAGUUUUGUACCACGUGAAUGACUACUGUUGCAAAUGGCCUGCUUGUUUAAAAGUUCGAGCCUGAACUCAUUCUAUACUGCCGAAAAUGUUGAGAUAGCAAAUGUAUUGCACUUGAGCAAAUAAAGUUCAUUUUAUUUAUCUUUAUCUAUAAAUAAUUGCUAUAACAGUAAUUAAUAAUCCAUUAGAAUUCGGCGUGGCCACUGAAUAGGAGCACUGAAGACCCAUUUAUACGGGGUUAGCCUCGACCUAAGGAAAUAUAUUCAAAAAUUCCAGUCAGUAGACUAAGACCUGUGUACAACUGUGUCUAUUGUUUUAAACUCAAAUUCAGGCACCUUCUCAGCUCGCCGGUAUUUGUGAAUAUUUUACUUCGGUUCGAGGCUAACCCCGUACUAAUAAAAAUUCGGCUUUUUUAUUCUGCUGCCACGACGAAUUCGAAUGUGACUAGACUAUUGCUCCGCUGAUUUUUUCCCCAUUAUCACACUUAAUCAAUCAUCAUUUGAGCAUGCCAUUUGUUUUAUUGUUUUAUUCCUUUGCCGAGUUGGGAACCAAGAGUUGUUCGCUCAUGCAAGAGGACUGAAUCCAAAAUGCUAAGGUGGCCAGCAGAGGACUUGCUGCAAAUGAGAUAAAGUUACUGCAAAUUAAAUUAAGUUGAUGCUAAUAAAAAAUCGUUGCUGCAUACUUUCCUGUCACUUAAUUUGCAGCAAAUAUUUUAUAUUUGCAGCAGCUUAAGUUAGUUUACAGCAACUUUAUUUUUUUGUGUGUCAACUUUUUUAUUUGCAGUAUGUCCUCUGUGGGCCACCGUAAAAUUUCUACCAAAAGAUCUUUUACCCUGGCGUUUGUAAUAACAUAAACCGUUUUGUGACUAAUAUUUCCCAAAAGACUGCAGUUCUACAGCUUUGUUGAAUUCUCUCUUUAAUUGUUUGCUUGAUGUUUUACAGUUUGUGAAGACAGAAACGGCAUAAAGUAUUCUCCUGGUCAGAGCUUUAACGUCGAUGAUGGUAGAAACCCGCGCCACAAAUGCAAAUGUGGAAAAGACGGAGUACCUGAAUGCCACGAAUACUAUAUAAGUAAAUAUUGCCUGCCUUUAUUUCCAGUGUUGUUGCUAUUGCUUGUCGCCAGGAUGGUCCGCAGGUUCAGAGAUCUAAUUAGUCCAAAAAAACCAAAUAAUAUUGCUAACUUAUGACAUAAAUCACACAGCGACGGUUUUUGUUGGUAAAAAUUCUUAUUGCUUCUACUUGUGGCUCGUUUUGUAGCAAAUGGUUGGGAGGGGUGGAAGGAGGGGGUGAUGGAGCGGUGAAUGUGCUCGCUCCCACUCUCGAAUAAAACUCUAGCUGGAGAAGCUAAAUGUGUAAACAAAAAUUGGGACAGUCUUCAAUUAAGCUAGUUAAUUCAACUAAUUUAUUCAUAUUUUUCAUGCUGAAUCUGAUAGGCGACCUGCCUACUCAAUAUUUUUUUCUUCAUUUUGACUGCUUAAAUUGGUGUCAGCUUUUUGCAUUUCGUUAACUAAUUGGUAAUAAAAAUAUAGCCUCGUACACCUCGGCCGGCUACUGAUUACUCACUGAAAUCGUUCGUCCUGUAGCUAUUUCUUAUCGCAAUUAUUUUCUAGUUUAUCCAAACUACUAACGUGAUAAGGCUGCAAGUUAUAAGCUGUAAGCACAUUGAGACUCCAAAAAAAAAGAUUUCUAGCUGUAAAAUUUACUUUUAACUCCCUUCAUUUUUUAGUUCCACCAAAAGUACCCAGACCUCCACCAGUAUUUCCUCCUCCACCAAACUUUCCUCCUCCACCACGUGAUGAGGUAGGUGUCUUCUGA